UAUCCAUGUUUUGAUAGAGCAAACAAAAAAAAAAAGCAACACUUUUCAACCAUAAAAAAAAAAAAUCAACACACACCAUGACUCACUUGUAUUGUCAUUGCUUGGAAAGAAAAUCCAUGACUCACUUGUCCACUAUUAUUAAUGACACCACCAAAACUACCCAUUUGUGAGUUUUUUUUUAUAAGCACCCUUUUGUGAAUUGUGAGUUAGUAUAUCAUUAUAUUUAGGAUAAUGUCUAUUUUUUAUCCAAACUUUUUUUAGAUUCUUUUAAAUUAUCCAAUCCUAUUAAAAUGAUAUUAAUUAACUAAAUCCUUCGUAAUGCAUCAAAAUAUUAGUCAUUUUUAUGUCAUCGUUAAUAAUUUUGUAACUCUUUCUAAGUUAAAAUUCUAAAAUUUUGGAAUGUUGACCUUCAUGUGUCUUUUCCAAGUCAUUAUCAUGUUGCCAAGUCAAUAUUACUAACAAAAUUGCUAACUAAAAGUUAAUAUUUGGAUACAAAAUAGACAUUACCCUUAUAUUUGGUUAAUUCUUAGCAUUUCGAUAGAUUUUGCUAAUGAAAAAAAUCCAAAAAAUAUUUGGAUACAAAAUAGACAUUACCCUUAUAUUUAUAACUAAUUGACUCCAAUCCCCCUUCAAGCCUACCUCCUCUCUUUCUUCUUUGUCCCUCAUUUGUUCUUUUUCCUUUCCGCCUUUGGCCCCACAGUCUGCCAAGAAUAUGGUAAAACUAAAACUCGAUAGCUCGAUAAUGGAUGAACAUAAUUUUCUCACUAUCUAAUUUGAACUCGUCCGAUUGUACAUAUAUAUAUGGUGCCUUCUACGGUAUCUCGGGUGAAAUCCGAAAUACCGCAUACCCGUAGAACUCCCCAAAAAUAUGCAUGCUAGAAAUAAUGACCAUUUUCUCAGUAUAUUUGAUAUUUAGCAUACAUAUAAAAUAUUAUCUUGAAAUUGUGUUGUAUUUAAUUAAUUUUUCUUCAUUCUAGUGAUUUAUCAUAGUACUUUUCUAUUUAUUUAAUGUGAGCAUACAUGUGGAUGUUAACAUGUUGCUUGAAUUUAUAAUUUAUUAUUCAUGGAUGGAUAUAAUCAUGGAAAUCCAAAAUGAUUCAAUUAAAAUGAAUAUGAUUUUAAUUUUCCACCUUAUUCUUAUGUGAAUAUAAAUAUGAAUAAAACUCAAAUUAUUUGGAAUAAGGUAUUACACUAUCCGCACCGAUCCGAUUCAUUGUGAUUCCUAUUUGGCCCUUUCCCUUCUUCCCAUUUCCAUGGUCCAUGAAACCGUUCCGGGAAAGUCAACGAUAUGGUAUUUUAUGGUAAAAUCGUAGUUUAACCACAGUUCAACCAUAAUAUCGUUAAAUAUCGCCUACCAUUUUUACCUCUAAUACCAAUAUUUCGUGGUUAAACCGUUGCAUGCCUAUUUCUUUACCUAUUCAUCCAAUCUCCAUUUUUCACGUAGAUACCAAUAAUUCUACUUUUUGUUGGUUACUAAGAAAAAAGAAAAUUUCUCCAGACAUCACAUUUGGCCCUUUGCUCUUUAGCCCAUCAUCCACCCUCCCCACUUAUCCUCUUCACCUGCAGAAGAGAAAGUGAGAGACUUCACCAAGAAAGAGAGAGAGAAAGCUUUGACUCGAAAUCUCUCCUCCUCCGCAUUUCCCAUCUUCUCCCCACGGCGGGGGAUCUCCGCCAUGGAUCUCACCCCGAAGCAGAGCAUCCCGGCUGCUGAGUCGACUCGCUUCCCCGACGAGGUCCUCGAGCGAGUCCUCACCCUGCUCAAGUCUCCCAAGGACCGCAACGCCGUUUCCCUAGUCUGCAAGGACUGGUACACCGCCGACAGCUGGUCUCGCCGCCACGUAUUCAUCGGGAACUGCUACUCCGUCUCGCCGGAGAUCGUCGCCCGCCGGUUCCCGAGGAUCCGGAGCGUCACGCUCAAGGGGAAGCCGCGGUUCUCCGACUUCAAUCUCGUCCCCGACAACUGGGGCGCCGACGUCCAGUCCUGGCUCCUGGUCUUCGCCUCCGGGUCUCCGUUCCUCGAGGAGCUGAGGCUGAAGAGAAUGAGGGUUACCGAUGAGAGCUUGGAGUUCUUGGCGCUCAACUUUCCUAAUUUCAGAGCUCUGUCUCUCUUGAGCUGCGACGGAUUCAGCACCAGCGGACUCGCCACCGUCGCCACUCAUUGCAAGAAUCUGAUUGAGCUGGAUAUACAAGAGAACGGGAUAGAGGACUUGAGUGGGGAAUGGCUGAGCUGCUUUCCUGAUAACUUCAGCACAUUGGAAGUUCUGAACUUCUCCAACCUGAUCACCGAUGUGAACCCCGGGGUGCUCGAGAGGCUCGUGAGCAGGUGUAGAUCGUUGAAGGUUUUGAAACUGAACAGGAGUAGCUCCUUGGAUUGCCUGCACAGGUUGCUCACUUCUGCGCCUCAGUUGACUGAACUGGGGGCUGGCUCUUUCUCUCAAGAGCUCACUCCGCAGCAGCAUGCGGAGCUCAAACAUGCUUUCGGUUUCUGCAAGAAUCUAACUGUUCUUUCUGGGUUUUGGGAUGCAACGGCACUGAAUCUAUCAGCUGUUUACCCUGCUUGCUCUGGGCUGAGUUUUUUGAACUUAAGCUACACCGCUUUGCAGAGUCAGGAGCUUGCUAGUCUUCUUCCUCACUGCCCAUGUCUUCGUCGCCUUUGGGUACUGGACUCAGUGGGAGACAGAGGUCUUGAAGCAGUGGGAGCCAACUGCCCAUCACUCGAAGAAAUCCGCGUGUUCCCAACCGAUCCUUUCGACGAGGACAUGCUCCAUACGGUCACUGAGUCAGGCAUAGUUGCGGUCUCCCAGGGCUGCCCCAAGCUCCAUUACAUCCUCUACUUCUGCCGCCAAAUGACAAACGCAGCAGUGGCCACCGUGGUCCGGAACUGCCCAGACUUCACCCAUUUCCGCCUCUGCAUCAUGAACCCAGGCCAACCAGACCAUACCACAAACCAACCAAUGGACGAGGCCUUCGGCGCUGUCGUAAAAACCUGCAAGAAGCUAAAGCGACUCUCCAUCUCGGGUCUCCUCACCGAUCUCACAUUCAAGUACAUAGGCGAGUACGCCAAGAACUUGGAGGCUUUAUCAGUGGCCUUUGCCGGAAGCAGUGAUCUCGGGAUGCAGUAUGUUAUGGAGGGUUGUUCGAAGCUGAAGAAGUUGGAGAUUAGGGACUGUCCUUUUGGGAAUGCAGCAUUGCUUUCCGGUUUGGAGAGGUACGAGUCAAUGAGGUCGCUUUGGAUGUCGGCUUGUAAUGUGACGGUUGAUGGUUGUAAGGCUUUGGCCAGACAGAUGCCAAGGUUGAACGUUGAAGUGAUGAAGGAAGAAGGGAGUGAUGAUUGUAAGGCGGAUAAGGUUUAUGUUUAUCGGACAGUUGCUGGGCCAAGACGAGAUGCUCCUCCCUCCGUGCUCACCUUCUCUAGUCUUUGAAAAUCAUCAGUUAGUAACUCUUAUUUUUCUCUCUCUCUCUUUUCACUCAUAAUUUGUCUACUCUUUCCCCUUCGUCAAUCCUCAUAUUAUUUGCCUAAUAAAGGCUAGUAAAUUAUUUUUGUAAAAACAGAGCGAGGAUGCUUCACCAAGCUUUGCUCCGAGGAAUGGUUUUGAAAGGCCUCGAAGACAGCAUUUGCCAAGUAUUUGCUUAAUCUUGUCAAUCUGCUGGGAGGGUGCCGUUCCAUGAAGUCAUGAAGCUACAAACAGCUACAGGAAAGGGCUGAAGUCCACUCCCAUCCAUUCAUGGAGCUUCUUUUAAGAACACUCUUCCAGUAGAAGAGAAGAAACUCAAGAGUUAGCAUCAGAACAUAUCAUCUAGUUCAUCAACACGGGAUGACUGCGAACAAGCCAGCCAAGAUUCCAUUGCAGGUUACGAUAAAAGAAGACCCGAUCCUCAUCAUCGUGUGAGUGUCACCGAAAAUACAGGCCACGGCUAUCUACAUUUAUCUUCCUAAGUUGAUGGGAAUUUGGAGAAAGGGGAUACUGCAUACACUGAACCAGACAGGAUACAGGCAUUGUUACUGGUGUUCAGCCGCAUUAGCUUUGCGUUGGCUGAAGGAGAGGGAGUGGCUGUUUUGUUGGUCCAAAGUUGGUUGCCAAGAGUGAACGUGGUGAGGAUGCAUGCUUUUGUUCUGGCAUUAUUUGCUUUCAUGUCUGUCCAUGUUUUUGCCGGAUUGGACUUGAACAGGAAUAUGGCUUUUUAUGUGGUCGUUUGGCAAGCUUUAUUUUAGAGUACAUCAUGUGUUUUUGUAAUUGGGAUUUGUUAGAACUUAGAAUUUGAUGCAAAUGUUAUAGAAUACAGUGUUUUGGUCUGUAGCAAUAGUGAUGUGGGUUUUCACAUAAUUGGAUCAGUUACAUGAGAUACACUAGAACAACAUGAUGAUUUGUGAAAUCAAUGUAUUUUGAAUGUCAGGAGUUGGCGCUGGAUACACGAUUAGAACUAUUUAGAAGUUGGAAGUUAUAAUUCAUUUUUAAGCAUGCAUGGUUAAUAAUAAUAUUUAGUCAGUAUCGUUGAUGAAGUAGAGUGAAUGAUAUACUAAGGUGUCGAAAACACAGAAUCGACGUGUGAAUGUAUUAUUGACUGACUCCAUAUAGUGAUGGCAAUUUCAACACGCCCCGCGGGUAUUAUCCGAUCCGCAGUAGUGUAGGGCGGGGCAUGGGUAUCUACUUCCGACCCGCCCCGUUUUAGACUCAUUUUAUCUCAAUUUCUUACAAUAUCUAUACAUAUUUUUCCUAUUUUGAUUUUUCUUCAACUAGUUAGAGUCGAUCUUUCAACUCGUUAGGCUCAAUUAUCCAUUCUAUUAUCAAUAAUUUUCAUUCUUAAAGUGUUUUUCCAUACGUUUUAUUGUAAAAAGUAAAAUUUACUUGUAUUU